AUGACCAGGCAAAUCACGGUUAUUGGCGCCACAGGCAUUCAGGGCGGGUCUGUCAUCAGAGCUCUGGUGAAAGACCCCGCCUACUCACUUACAGCCAUCACCCGUAAUAGCCAAAGCGAAGCAGCCAAGAAACUCGCAUUACAGGGGGUUCGUAUUGUUGAGGCUAACCUCGACGAUGUUACUGCGCUUCAGGCAGCCUUUUCUGGGACAUCGGUUAUUUUCGCGGCCACAAACUUUUUUGAGCCUUUUAUGAAGUACGAUGCCGCACAGGCUACCGAGAUUGAGACAAGACACGGAAUCAACAUUGCCAAAGCUGCAGCUGUGACACCAACACUGGAGCACCUCGUCUGGUCGACUCUUCCCAACACAGAUCGAAUUAGUGGAGGCAAAUUCGCAAUCCCCCAUUAUGUGAGCAAGAACAGGGUCAACGACUUUAUCAAGUCGGAUCCGGUGUUACUCCCUAAGACGACAUUUCUCUGGGUCCCCGUCUAUGCUUCUAAUAUGAACUACCCAUUUUAUCCAUCAGUACAAUUCCCACUUGUUGGUGAUGCGACGGUUAAUGUCGGCCUUUUCACGAGAGCAAUCAUCGAGCAAUCCGACAAGACACUUGGCGGCAAAUUCGUGUAUGCCAUGACCGAUGUUAUGACGGCUGGAGAGAUGCUUGCGACAUGGGCAGAGGUGCACGGCGUCGAAGCAGAAUACGUGCAGGUAGACAAGGAGACAUAUUACAGCCUGUGGCCCAAAUGGGGCAAAGCAAUGGAUAGGAUGCAUGAAUACGCUGAGUGGGCUAAGGAGAAGAGUUUCUCGGGCGAAGACGUUAUCCUGACCAAGGAAGACCUGGGCAUCGCUGGAUUAAAGGGCACGCGGGCUGCAUACGCCGAGAUGUAA